GUAUCUGUGCAACACCGGACGAUUGUAAAGCGACGGAAAAUAACCGAAGGGUGAAGUUGUUCAACCUACUCUCUGUUGCAUCUUAAAAAUGCGUGAUUAGCCGUUUUAAUUGAAGACGAUGUGGGUCGCUCGGCGGUUCCUGUCUGUGGUCGUUCAAAGAGGCAGGUACGGUCUGUUCCACCGCCCUCAGCACGGCUGCCUCCCCGAACUGGACCUGCGCUAUCUCCAGUGCACGUGUUGUUGGAGAAGCCGGGUUCCCGUGGCGAACUUCGAGACCCUAAACGCCACCCUGUCCUCCACCAAUGAGCCCUGCCAGGAUGACGCCGCCAAGCCCCUGGACGCCUGCUACAGCCCCGAGCAACGACACACCAUCCUCCAGCUCCUCAACAACGCCACCCCGUCAGAGCUGGCGAGUGUCAAGCUUCUGAGGGGCCGCAAGUCGGUCAACCUCGUGGAGUACCGGACUAAAAACGGACCCUUCAAAACGCUGGAGAGUGUGGUGAACGUGCCGCUGCUCAAACACAAAAGUGCUGUCGUAGUCUUCAACUCUAUCCUUAAUCCGGUUAAGAAGGAGAAGAAAGUGAGGAUCCAGCUGGCCAAGUUCAUCAGGCCAGAGAUUGACAGGACCUGGCUGGAGGAUGCCAAUUCCAUAGUGUCAAUAGUAUGUGGCACAAAUAAAAUCGCCUGGGCUCAUGUCGACCGUGGGAUGACAGUACUGGACUGGCAACAGCUGGAUUGUCCGAAUUUCCUCAGAGGAACGUACAUGGCUUCAUCGUACUUGAAUGAUAUCUCUGCAGUCGUGUCAGUCCUCCCUUCAGCAGACUUUUACAUAGUAGAGAAGUCCUCCAUCUCCAUCCAGAAUACGUCUCUCUUCCAUAUCAUGGCCCAUAUGAGGGCAGUAGAGGCCAUGUUGUUCGCUCUGCUGGAGCCCAAAAUCUCCCCAGAUUUGAAUAUUCCUCCCAGGGUUCUCAAUAUGAUGCGCAUCGCUGUAGGACGCCAUUUCGGACUGAUGGUCGGUGAGUGUCGGACUAGUGGGGCACAGACACUGCGUCAGCUGAUGAGUGAGUCGGUGACACAGAAGCUCCCCAGGGUAAACUUCACUCGAGAGAUGCUAAUCAAGUACAGGAACUCCUUCCAAAUGGGGAGCAGAGAAGAAGGAGAUGAACUGUGUGACUCCCUGCUUCAGGCUGUGGCUUUUUACGAGCUGCUCAGCGAAUCCGCUAGUUAAAGAUCCCAUCUCACAUCCAGAAAACGCACUACAUCUGCGAAAGUGGCAGACUGAGCCCAUGCAAACCUUUGAGUUUUACCAAAAACUGUUAUUGGUGGUUGUGGCUACAUGUCAAAUAUUGUGGAUAUUUAUGUUACAUGAAACAAAUUUUCUCAGGCAUAAUAGUUUUGGGUAUUUUUUUUAAAUUAAGACAAAAUUUGUUAGACAAUUUAUGAAAAUAAAUUUAUUUACAUUUCAUUGUUGCACUUACAUAUGAAUAAACAUAGCAGUUUAAAGUGA